AUGCCUAAGAGAGCGGCACCAGCCACCGACGCAGGAGCGAGAAAGAGCUCUGCACCCGAUACCUCGGGUGUCAAGAAGGCCGAGCGUUCUCACGAGGGGAAUCAGGAGCGUGCGUACGUCGCCGCUUCAAGGCGCCAGGACCGCAGCAUCGAGGCGCGAGUCCAGUCCGCUCGCAUGGCGUCCGAGAUCCACAAGAAGCGGACUGGCAAGGGCCUCCGCGUCACCGAGGAGAUUGUCCGCAGGGAGGAGAUGUACAAGGAGGAGGAGGAUGAUUUGCCACGCUCGCUGCGCAUGCUUGACCCCCAGAUGCAGACCAGCUCGCCCGAGUUCAACGCCAGGAUAGAGGCUUGGAUGACCAAGAAGAUGGCCAUGUCCCAGUUCAUGCAGCGCUCCAACGACGCCUGGGCUGAGAACCCCAUCAACCGACUGUUUGCGCAGAGCUUCCCUGAUGCCGGCGUGCACGCUCAGCACAUUACACGCCAGCUGAGCCUAGGAAACACACAGCAACAGCAACAGCAGCAGCAUCAACAGCAGAACGUCCAGUCGCCAGGUCCUCAAUCACCACACCCCCAGAACCUCCAGUCUCCCAUGUCGCCCGCCUUCAACCAGCAACCUUUCCUGUCAGUCCCGACCCACAACCACGAGCGUCACGGCUCGGUCAUGUCGGCCGUUUCGCCGACCAACGCUGACACCAAGUUUUCGCCCACGCUUACACACGAUGCUUCGUCGCCGGCGACGCCGGCGACGUUGGCACCUCAGCCGCAGUACGCCGGGAACGAUUCGCAGUCCAUCUUCACGGCUGAUCUGCCUCCCGAGAUGAGGCUGUUGAUGGGUAUGCCCAACAUGGAGCCCAACCCUCACAGCCAGAACAUCUACGCCCAGAACUGGCAGUCCAUGAGGAAUGGCUUCUACGACGGCAUGUCUGCGCCCCAGAAGCUCGGCGAGUACGACCAGCCGCCCGCUGACAACAUGUUUGCCGACGCCAUGGCAGAAGAUGCUAACUGGCAGUACCGCACCGAGGAGCCUGCGUGGGACAGCUUCCUCAACGACAACGUGUGGUCGAGCCAGGAGUGAAGGCCAACCCAAAUCAAGAAGGGCGAAAAGCACCAACACACUCGGUUGAUUUUUCACAACGUUUACGGAUUUUCUAGUACUGUUCACAAGUUAUUUUUGGCACCGCGGGACCGACCUCGCGGUCUCCACGGCCUAGGCCAACCUAUUCUCCUUCGAGAGGUCUAUGAUGAUCCCCGCGUCGCUUUUUACAGCUGCGGGUGGGACGAUUGCAUGCUUGUUAGAGUCAAUGAAGCAAUUCAGGCCGGCCAUUGGGCGGAGUCGUGCAAUUUUUUAUUUUAAUUUUUUUUUCCUCUUCGGGAACGAUAUUGCGUUGCACACGAACAAAGUCCUACGGCGUUGGUAGCGUUGCUUCUCGGCGUUUGAUUUUAGAACAUAUCGGGGACUUCUCUUCGU